AUGGGGAAUUUCCUCGCUAGGAUGGCUGCAGAUGCGUCUGAUGCCGCACAUGAGCCCGAGGUGGUUGCAACUUGCUGCGUUAUGCUUCAUGGCUUGCAGGGGGAGUGCAAGGAGCUCAGGGACGUCCCACUUCGGGAGACAUUCGCAGCUUUUUGCCAGCGUGUACGAGAAGUGACAGGGGCUGUUCACGACGGGCAUGAUGUCCAGCUGGUGCAUGAAGCUUGUGUCCUGAUGGAGGCAGGGCCCACACCGCUGAUUUCUCUGGACAUGUUCAAAUCGUCUGGUCAUCCCGUCGAGAUGACAUACUUGUUCAAAGAAGUUCCGUGCGACGUGGGAGCUAUGUUGCCACAUUUAUCGCGAGGUCUGGAAGAAGACAACCCCCUUUUUGAGUUUGAUCAAGUCAGCUUCAAUCGCCGGCGGCGCAGUGUCGAAUGGGCGAAAGAUGCGCAAGCAGCUCGGGAGAAGCGCUUGGAUCAGUUGGUGGUAGGUGCACUCCUGGGCACAUCGGAGGCCCAUUCUCUCUGCAUGGGCAGCCGCCCUCGGCUCGCAGGGGAGGUCGCCGAUGCUGCUUGGGGACGCCAAAACACAUCGGAGAGCAACGGUUGGGUGGACAAGUCCUUGGCAAAAAAAGGGUGA